AUGGGAGAGAGCAUCCCUCCACUCGACCCGAUUACCGGGGCUCUCCUCGUCGGCACCUGGCUGAACUCCCUUCUAUACAGCAUCGAACUCUUGCAGAUGUUCUCUUACUUCCGCUCUUUCCCCUCCGACGACUCGCGCAUCAAAGUGCUCGUUGUGGUGGCGUUUGCCCUCGACACGACCGCGGGGCUGUCGAACUAUACCGCCGUUUAUCUAUACACGAUCCGACAUGCAGGCGAUGUGGCAUACCUGCGCGUGCAGAUAUGGACAUUCCCCGUCUUAGCCAUUUCCACCGGUCUCGUCGCCGUUCUCGUUCAAUCUUUCCUCACAUUCCGCUUCUGGAGAUUCACACACAACACCCCGCUUACAAUCGUGUUAUUCCUUUUGAUUGGUACGACGCUUGGUGCAUGUUUUGCUGCAGGGAUAUACACCGUUCUCUUCCCAAACUACGCCGACCGACACAAAUCCAUGAUCCCCGUCCGCGCCUGGCUCAUUUCUCAAGCAGCCACAGAUCUGCUGAUCGCGAGUGCGCUGCUCUGGGAGCUACACCGGUGGAGCAGCCCGAACGCUUUCGAUCGAACCCGCAGCUUGCUUCACCGACUCAUGAUGCAUACACUGACAACGGGCGGGGCCAGUGCCUUGGUCGCGGUCGCGUGUCUCAUCGCCUUCUCCAUCGACCAGGAAAAUAACAUUGCGCUCAGCAUCGCGUACUCGCUUGGACGCGUCUACAUGCUCACUAUGCUGGCUAACCUCAACCUCCGGAAGUCGCUGAAUGAGAUACUCGCCGUUCAAGAUCUAAUUACCAUUCCGCAUGCUCCGCGGGCACCAUCCCAGACUCAGACUGCUGGUAUCGUGCGGCAAUUGGAGGAGGAGGUGGACUGGAAUGACGCCAGAACAAAGAUUUAG